UAGCUUGUUUCUUUGACUUGUCAUAAUCUGAGUCUCUUCCUGUCUGAAUUAGAUUUCAUGCAUUGUUUUCCAAUAUUCAUCACUGUCAUAACACGGUUUCGGCGACUUCAGGUCAACUCAAAAUUUUCUUAUUCCAUCCAUAGUUUUCCACUUUAUGAUAGAGAAUGAUAUCUUAUCGCUUACUUCUAAGUCGUGUAGAAACGAAUCUUGCUAGCAUUCAAAACGGUUGGCGACUAAUCUACCGGGUUCAUCACUGUAUAUUCCCCUUUUUUCAUGGUAAACCCAUGGACUUCUCUCUAUAUUAUAGUGUUACACUGUGAAGAAGACUAAAAUUUGUUCAGUGCGUCGCCUGCCCGCCUGAAUUCUAGGCCAGCAGCUUAAACUCAAAAAUGGGUGUGCAUGGAUUUUUCUCUUCUUUUGUUGUAUUUCUGUGCUUGGUUUUGAAUGCGGCAGUGGUGUGUACUGGUGGAAGAACGAGCAGUUUUAUCAGGAAAGUCGAAAGGGCUGUUGAUAUGCCUCUUGAUAGCGAUGUCUUUCAAGUGCCGCCUGGUUAUAAUGCUCCUCAACAGGUUCAUAUAACACAAGGUGAUCAUGAGGGGAAGGGUGUGAUAGUGUCAUGGGUAACUCAGGACGAGCCGGGUUCUAACUCAGUGGUUUAUUGGAGUGAAAAUAGCAAGGAAAAUACGACAGCUGAGGGCAAAGUCUAUACCUAUAAAUUCUACAAUUACACUUCUGGUUACAUUCAUCACUGCCCCAUCAAACAUUUGAAGUUCAACACUAAAUACUACUAUGUGGUUGGAAUUGGACAAACCGAACGGCGGUUCUGGUUUAUAACACCUCCAGAAGUUGGCCCUGAUGUCCCUUAUACAUUUGGUCUCAUUGGGGAUCUUGGUCAGAGUUUUGAUUCCAACAUAACACUUACUCAUUAUGAGAUGAAUCCACUGAAAGGGAAAACUGUGUUGUAUGUUGGGGAUCUCUCUUAUGCUGAUAACUAUUUGAAUCAUGACAAUGUUAGAUGGGAUACAUGGGGCAUAUUUGUUGAGAGAAGUGUUGCUUAUCAACCAUGGAUAUGGACAGCAGGGAAUCACGAAAUUGACUUUGCCCCAGAAAUUGGCGAAACGGAACCUUUUAAGCCUUACACUCACCGUUAUCAUGUGCCUUAUAAAGCAUCACAAAGUACGAAGCCCUUUUGGUACUCAAUAAAGAGAGCUUCAGCAUACAUCAUAGUCCUGGCUUCGUACUCAGCCUAUGGUAAAUACACUCCUCAGUAUAAAUGGCUGGAAAAGGAGCUACCAAAAGUUAACAGAAGUGAGACACCAUGGUUAAUCAUUCUUAUGCAUUCCCCAUGGUAUAACAGUUACAACUAUCAUUACAUGGAAGGAGAAACCAUGAGGGUAAUGUACGAGAGUUGGUUUGUGCAGUACAAAGUUGAUGUAGUAUUUGCCGGUCACGUCCAUGCCUAUGAACGAUCUGAACGUGUAUCUAACAUUGCAUACAAUGUCGUAAACGGCAUUUGCACUCCUGUAAAGGAUCAAUCUGCCCCUGUAUACAUAACCAUUGGUGACGGAGGCAAUCUUGAAGGCUUAGCAACAAACAUGACAGAACGGCAGCCCACAUACUCGGCUUAUCGGGAAGCCAGUUUUGGCCAUGCCAUUUUCGACAUUAAGAAUCGUACUCAUGCUUACUAUAGUUGGCACCGGAAUCAAGAUGGAUAUGCAGUGGAAGCCGAUAAGAUGUGGUUUUUCAACAGAUAUUGGCAUCAAGUUGAUGAUUCUCCUUCAUAAACUUUAUUUUACUCAACUCUCUGGGAUAAAACCAAAAAUUACUGAACUCUGUGGAAUAAAACCAAAAAUCCAAGUCAGUGAGAAACUUUUCAAUAAUCUUUAUAGGCUUGACACAUCAUUGUCUUGCCUUAGCUCUCAAAAAUUUACAUAAAUUCUUGGAAUAAAGGUGUCGGUUUAAAGCUAGCUUCCUUCAAAAUUCUGUGUGUUCUGUAUUCAAAACAUGUGAUUACGGAAAUGAAUUCAAGACAUCUUUUGGAACAA